AUGAUCGAAUAUCCUGUCUAUGGUAGAAUACCCGUCUGUGAAUCAAGGCGAGAACGUACCAUGCCCUAUACGCAGCUUCGCCUCUUGGACGGGGCAGAGGAAAUCAGGGCGCUGUUCGUCAUGUUUCCUGUUUUGGUGGCAACUCUUCAUUCCAACGAUGCGGGCGCAGAAGCAGCCACGAUGCGAAGCUUGUUUGCCUGCGCGGUGGCUGUCGACAUGCGCUUGAAGUAUGGUUUUUCCAAGUACCUGACUUGGCUUGUGGCAAUACCUGCAGGCUGUGUUGUGGCAGACAUCUUGACAACGUAUUUCGUGAAUGCAAAGUGGCUAUUUGCAUGGCCUGGUAUGAUGUGGUCAGCAUUCGACACAAUGCGAUGA